AUGGCCGAGCUCUCCUCUAACUGGAAAAAACUUCAAGCUCAACUAAAGGCUGAAGCAGCGUCCAAACCCACAACCAAGAGAAAGGCUGAAGAGCAGCUACAAUCCUCGACACGGAAAAAAUCUUUUGAACCAUCCAAGAGCAAGGCAUCUAAGCCGCUAAAUCGCAAGGACAAGCCGCCCGUUCGUAGAAUGGGCGGUGUUCAAAGUUCGGCAGCAACAGAAAAGCCAAAGCAAACUCCAUCACCAUCCUUGGCGAUUUGGGCUGAAGACCAUGGAGUCUCUGCGGAGGAUUUGGCAGAGGCCUAUGGCCUAGGUGUCAAAGGAAAUUCGUUGAUGCUGGCAUCUGAGAGAGACAAGGUGAAUCAUGGUCUUACGAAUGGACUCGAGAUUGGAAAGUAUGUUGCCAUCGACUGCGAGAUGGUAGGAGUUGGUCCUGGCGGACAUGAAUCAGCACUGGCUCGAAUCAGCAUUGUCGACUUUCAUGGGCGGCAAGUCUACGAUUCAUAUGUGAAGCCGAAAGAGCGUGUCACCAAUUGGAGAACAGCAGUCAGUGGAAUCUCUCAAAAAGAAAUGAGAUUUGCAAGAGAUUUCGAUGAAGUUCAAAAAGAAGUCAACGACAUUUUGAAAGACAGAAUCCUCAUUGGUCACGAUAUCAAGCAUGACUUGGAUGCUCUCAAACUCAGCCACUCUCCAAGGAAUAUACGCGAUACCGCCAAAUACCCGGCCUUCAAAAAGUACGGCCAUGGGAGGAAGCCUGCACUGAAGAAUCUCGCCAGGGAAAUUCUCGGCCUCGAAAUUCAAAGUGGACCACACUCGAGUACUGAAGAUGCCAGGGCUACUAUGCUUCUAUUUCGGAAGCACAAGUCAGGUUUUGAUAUGGAUCAUGUCAACCGAUUCGCUCCAAAGCAGCCUGCAAGCACCGGCACGUCUCGUUCGAAAAAGAAGAGCAAGAAGAAGGCGUGA